AAAGUGACACUCUAUCUAUCCUUUCAAAAGCCUAAUACCUCUCCGAUACUUGUUCUCUUAAUCGCCGCCGGAGGUCCACACCCGCCGGAAUCCCGGACGUUUUCUCCGGCUAACUCUAUUGCGGCCAUCCAAGACUCACUUCAUCAUCGCUGACUUUGUUAGACACCACCGGAAUAGAUAGUCUACAGAAUUCGCCCCAGCAUACCUCUGACAGUUCUCUACCCAAACGUUGUUGCCAUAUUACCAAGUUUCUCCGAGUUUUCAACGGCUACUGUUCAAAGUCCGGGGUAGAAAAUGGAUAUUGAAGUUGAUCAUUAUGUUGCUUUGGGUUUACCCUCUGGUGAGGAAGGGGCCCAACUUUCUGAGAAAGACAUAUCUAAAGCCUAUAAGAAGAAAGCAUUAGAGUUGCAUCCAGACAAGAGGCGUGAUGACCCAAAUGCUCACUUGAACUUUCAAAAGCUGAAAACUUCAUACGAGAUUCUCAAGGAUGAGAAAGCUAGGAAGCUAUUUGAUGAUCUACUUCGUGUGAAACGUGAGAAGAUCCAACGCCAAUCACAACACGAUUCAAAGCGUAGAAAGAUGAUGUCAGAUCUCGAUGCAAGAGAGCGUGCUGCUUUUUCACCUGAUGCAAGUGUUCUAGCUCGAGAUGAGGAGGAACGAAUUGCUAGAAAACUUAAGGAGGAAAUUGCUCGAAUUCGUGCAAUGCAUUCAAAGAAAGUGUUUACUCCUAUAGAUCCUUUACAGAAAGAGGCACAUGCUAGAGCUAAGGAGAGUAGUACAGAAGGCAAUGGGAGUAGUGUAGACAGGGAAAAGGUGCUUAAGGUAUCUUGGGAGAAGAUCGGUGAGGACUAUACUGCCCAAAGACUAAGAGAGUUGUUUAGUGAGUUUGGUGAGGUUGAAGAUGUAGUAAUCAAGAGUUCUAAGAAGAAAGGCUCUGCUCUUGUUGUCAUGUCAUCUAAAGACGCAGCUAGAGCUUCUUGUGGAAAUGUCUUGGGGGAUCUAUCAAAUCCUCUCUUAAUUGUGCCUCUCCAACCUCCAAUGCCAUCUCCGUUUCCUAACGCUGAGAAAAAUGGAGAAUCUGAGGGCCCGAGUUUGAGUAAUCUUGUAGGUGCUGGAUACCAGAAAUUUGAAGACUCGGUAUUGGAAAAAAUGAGGAAGGCUGCUCAAAGGAAGAAAUAGCAUGCAGAAGCUUCAUCCUGUUCAAGUGCUGAGAUGAUGGCAUCUCUAGGUUGCCACAGAUAAAGAAGAAGACAGAAUUUAAUAGUAAUUCUUUUAUCUUGUGUCAUAUAUUUCUUGCAUAUUUUACACAGUAUGGGGGUGUCAUCCAGUUCUGACGGAUAGUUCCUUGUAAUCAUAUAAGAUUGAUUUCUAGAAAGUUAAAUUUCUUUUUGCUGGUCUCUCUGAAGCAGGUUUGUUGUCUGACAUGUACUUCUGGCACAAGAUAGGGCAGAGGAGAGAUUCAUCUAAAAUUGUGCAAUGCCUGGUAUUCUGUACAUGGUGUUUGCAAUACGAAUCACUCGAGUGUGCCAUGGAUUCAUUAAUAUUUUUCAGAAAACUUGCAAUAUGCCAAGACGAUGGAUACAUACUAAAGUGAGGGGUGUUUAAGUCAUCCUUGUAUUGUAUAUUAGACAGCUUUUGGAUUCUGUUAUGUGUUUAGCAGUGUUGUGUAUGUGGAUCAUCGCCACUUAUUCUUUUUUAGUU